UUUUUUAUAAUAUCAUAAAUAUUAUAAUAUCUCAUAUCCUGAUUAGAUUUGUCAUGUUAGAAGUAAAGUUAUUGGAUAAGUUUAUCGUUAAAAAUUAUAAUCUCUUAAUAUGAUUAGAUGCAAUUAAUUCACGUUUUAAUAAAAAAUAAAUAAAAAUAUAAUUUUAGGAGAAAUUAUAAAUUACACAGUGUAGAGGUUAACGAAUAUAUAAUACAGUCAUGGUUGAUAUGUGUUCCACAGAAGAAGAUUCAAACAAAUUUUCUCAUAAUAUAUAUAAAAAUAAUCCUUUACUCUUCAAGAGUUAUAUAGGAAAAGAAGCCAAAGUUACUACAGACAAUGGAAGUAUACAUACUGGUAUUGUGUAUACAGUAGAUCCAGUUUCAGAAAGCAUAGUACUUUUACAAAUUAAAGAAGAUGAUCAUCAAAAUUUACAAAUAGUAUUUGGACAUGCAAUAAAAAAUAUUGAAUUAACUACACAAACAGAAACAUCUUUACCAGAGUUAUUCCAAGUGUCAAUCAAUCAACUUUCUUUAUCAGACAUAAUAAAAAGAAAAAAUAUUGUGAAACAAUAUUUAUUAGAAAAUAGAUUUCCAGUUACAGAUACUAAUGAUAUUUUAUAUAUUGAAGACAGUGUUUCUAUAAAACCACCGUAUGAUGCAGAACAUUGUAUAUCUACUAAUACAAUUAUAUUAAAUAGAAUACAAAAUAUUCUUCGUAGUAUUAAAGAAUAAAUAUUAUUUAUAUAUAUA